CCAAGCUUUCACUUUCUAGUUUCUACUUCCAAACUUUCGUCUUCUCGGAUAUCUGUCUACCCAAUUGGGGUUUUAAAGCCACCUGCCGUGCUGUAGCUGCCAACUUGCCAGAACGCUGGCAUAGAUUUGCGUGCCCCUCGCCAUAUCCAUUUUCCUCACUCUAUCUGCGUUCCCAAAAAGGCAAAAAGAUUAGCCCUUUCUGUCCUUUCUUUGGUUUUGGUCGCUUUGCUCAAUUGAAGAAGAAGGGCUUCAUUUCUCGCUGCAGUCAAUCAUGACAGUUCUGGGAUCCAAGCUUCAUCAAGAUGAACUUAAUGGCGGUGCGAGGAGUUCCUAUUUCAAUUCCCCUCCUCUGGAUGUCUCGGUUGCAUUCCCUCAGGCAACUCCAGCUUCCAAAUUUCCUCCUCAUGUUGCGGACUACUACCAGUUAGAUGAUCUGUUGACCCCUGAGGAGCAGGCUAUAAGGCUCAAAGUCAGGCAGUGUAUGGAGAAAGAAGUAGCCCCUGUAAUGGCUGAGUACUGGGAGAAGGCAAAGUUCCCAUUUCAUGUCAUUCCGAAGCUAGGUGAAAUGUGUGUUGCAGGUGGUACAAUCAAGGGUUAUGGAUGUCCUGGCCUUUCCAUCACUGGCAGUGCUCUUGCCACUGCCGAAGUUGCUAGAGUGGAUGCUAGUUGUUCUACUUUCAUUUUGGUGCACUCAUCUUUAGCAAUGCUCACCAUAGCUCUCUGUGGUUCAGAGGAACAAAAGCAGAAAUAUUUACCAUCGUUGGCACAAUUAAGCAAUGUGGCAUGUUGGGCUUUGACUGAGCCUGACUAUGGAAGCGAUGCAAGUGCUUUGAGAACAACAGCAACAAAGGUUGCUGGUGGUUGGAUACUCGAAGGCCAAAAACGUUGGAUCGGAAAUGGUACCUUUGCGGAUGUAUUGAUUAUCUUUGCCCGAAAUGCCUCAACAAAUCAGAUUAAUGGAUUUAUUGUGAAGAAGGACGCCCCUGGACUAACAGCUACAAAAAUAGAGAACAAAAUCGGCCUGCGAAUUGUGCAGAAUGCAGACAUUGUCAUGAACAAAGUUUUUGUACCUGACGAGGACAGGUUGCCUGGGGUCAACUCCUUCCAAGACACAGCCAAGGUGCUGGCUGUUUCACGUGUGAUGGUGGCCUGGCAGCCGAUCGGGAUAUGCAUGGGGAUCUACGACAUGUGCCACAGGUACCUUAGAGAGAGGAAGCAGUUCAAGGCACCGUUGGCGGCUUUCCAGAUCAACCAGCAGAAGCUUGCUCAGAUGCUUGGCAACAUCCAAGCCAUGACCCUGGUUGGUUGGCGGCUCUGCAAGUUGUACGAAGCCGGCACGAUGACUCCAGGUCAAGCCAGUUUAGGAAAGUCAUGGAUCACAUUGAGGGCGAGGGAAACGGCUGCACUGGGGAGGGAACUUCUUGGUGGGAAUGGAGUAUUGGGUGAUUUCCUAGUUGCCAAGGUGGUGCUGCGCUCCCUUUUUCUCUUUCCCAUGUUCCAAAAAGAAGAAUUGUUUAUGGAAGUAGAACCCUUUUGCUUGACUGGAAAAAGGAAAUGAUGAUGAAAUGCUGUUGGUUGGUUUUGCAGGCGUUCUGCGAUCUGGAGCCGAUUUACACAUACGAAGGAACUUACGACAUCAACAGCUUGGUGACAGCAAGGGAAGUCACUGGCAUCGCCAGCUUCAAGCCAACCUUUCUCACCAAACAAAGCCGCUUAUAAUUAUUAUUAUUAUUAUUAUAUAUUACGGGAAAUGAAAUACCGUCUGUAAUAAUAAUUUAACUAUUAAUAAUAAAGGUGGCACUGCAUACGAUUUUCCCAUACUAUCUGAUAAUAAAGGUGCCAACAAUAUUAGAAAGUGUUGUUUUAUUAGUUCUGUAAGAUCAAGACCUUGAAAUAAAGUGUUGUUUUAUCUUA